ACAUUAAACGUGACGUCGCCGAGAGGAGGAGCUUAUGAGCUUCUUGAGCGGCGUACAGAGAAGGAGACAUGGCAGACACAGGUCUCGGGGCUUUCUAUGUGGGGAAGAUGAUCCUUGGAAGUGCAGCAGCUGGUUUUGUGUUUGGAGAAGCUGCUUCCUUUGCAGUUCAGCCCAGUCUGACUGAAGAUGUCACCCUGCUGAAUGCUGCAACUUUUGCUGCUGGCCGUGCUGGUUCCACAGGUGUCUCAGUAGUGACAGCAUGCCUCGUGUUCACCUCAGUGCUCUUGUCACUUGGAUGUGGUUUCCUGCUCGCUGCCAUGGUGAUGAAACUAUUGACUGCAGCCGGAAUGAGGUUGCCAUGGUUAAUAGAGGUCACAACAGGCGCAUCUGUUGUGAUGGGCGCUGUCAUCACAGGAGUGUUGGUGGGCAUCCUUCCACCGUGGAUCUACAUUGCCGCUCAAGGUGCUCUGGUCCUUUUUGUCUACUCAUACUCCAACAUCAAUGACAUGACCACAGCUCUGUUAAUCAUCUUCACCACAUUAUACCUUAGUGUUGUCUAUGGACGGAUGGGUGCCAUAGCUGGAUUUUUUUGUAUGGGACUCACCAUCUCAGUCCUCUGUGCCCUUCGAAAGACCCUGACCGAGCGGUUGACACGAAGAUCAAAAUCUAAAAACGGAUGCAGACUGUUGGAGAGGAUAUUUUUCUACUCUGUUUUUGUGGGGAUUCUGGGAUUUUCUGUUGGCUUAGGGGCAGGUGAAACAGGAGAGGGGUCAGAGGCGGAGGUGGUUUUGAUGCUGCAGUCAGUUGUUUGGGUGGCAUCUCUGUCUGCAGGGCUGCUAGGAGCUGGUCUGGGAACGGUGUCCAUGGUUGGGUUGGGGCCAGAGGCAGCUGGGAAGGUCGGCGUGGGAGCUGCUAUCAUAACGUCAGUGGCUUUAAGAGUCAUUCAGCAUCAGAACUCCUUUCUAAGGGCAAGAGGCUGCACAGGAGCAGCAUUAGGGGCAGCUACAGCUGCAGGGGUGUCACUCGGUGCUGCAAGUGUUGCAGCCAAACAAGCAUUUGGGUCUAGAAAUUCAACUUUAGUAGUUUUAGGAUCUGUUGUUGUCGGUGUGAUUGUAGCAGUGAAAGGAAUAGCACUGAGAGUAACUUUGCUAACUACAUCAGAACUUAUAACAAUCACACUUGUUGCAGUAGGGGCAUUUGUUCUGGGUGCACCAAAAAGCCCAUUCCACACUCAGGUGAAUCUGCAAAGGGGCCUUCUCAUGGGGACAGAGCUAAUUAAAGGAAUCGGCAUGGAGACGGUCACCGCAGCAGCAGCACCUAUCGGAGCUGGGGCGCUUGGGGCUGCAGCAUUAGGCACUGCGGCUCUGGGGACACUAGGGACUGCAGGAGUUCUGGUGGCUAUAGUGUUAGCUCUGGGAAGUGUCCUGAGUGGCAUGAUAGGAAAAUCCUCGCCAUCAACAAAUACACACAGAGACUGAUGAAUGACCGGCAGUAAUACUUCCAUUACUGGAAGAUUACACCAACAAAAUGUUUGUUCAUUACAUGCUCCUUUAAGUUGUGCAUGCACAAAAAAACUGGUAUUUGUGUCACAUGCAUGUAUUUUUGUGGCCACAAGUUUGGAAUAAAAAGAAAAAAAAGAUUAAAAA